UGCUAGUCAUCCGCUGUCUCCGACUGAGACACUGAGAUCACCAAUCGCCAUGUUCCAAUACACCGCUCCCUCCUACCACACACCUCAUCGCGAUCACCCUCUAGCCUCACAAGAUUCCAAUGUCCCUUUCAACGAAGCCAACUACUAUCUCGCUCUUUUCGAGCAGUCUUACUCAAAAUGGGCCGACGCUGUCCACUCUCCUCUUGCCGACACCCGGGUCACUUUCGAUACCACACCAGGCCGCGACGCAGGACACCACGCUAUCAAGCAGCUGCGUCGUUCACGCGAUCUGGCAAGUCCCAAGCCAGCCUUCCUUGCUGAUCGCUGACCUCUCUUAGGCUGGCAGCAUGCUCCUCACAUUGACGUGGAUGAUGCGACACUUUGAUGCCGUCUUCCUCAGCGCCGAUCUUGAUUGCGACGAGACUUGUGCCGACGAGACUUGUGCCGAUUGCGCUCGUGACAAAGUCUGGCGCACGCUCAAGAACUGUGUGUCCAUGUGGACAGUCACCUACAUGAGCAACAUGCUCAGUGGGGCAAGCCAGUUUGAAUAUUGGCUUGAAGACUUGCCGCCCGCCCUCUACGCUCUCUGCGGCAUCCUAUUUCAGCGCCAAGGAGGCCAGAUGCCCACGGAGAGGAGAGACACUCCGCCGCCCCCGCCAACGUGGGCAUCCCCCAUCACACCUCAGCCAAACGGAGCUGCGAUGCAAACCGGUGCCGUCGCAGACAGUCUUCCUCCAUCAGCGAUUGGCAUCCCUACGGCGCCAGUGACGAGUGUCGCAGGACCCUCUCAUGAGGGCGUCCCACCGGCUUCAGCGAUGAGCGCCACGGAACAACAGCCCUCGGGCGAUGCGACAGCACAAGCGACGAGAGUCACGGAGACCUCACAUGCUAACAUGUCAACGAGCUCAGAGCGCCCAUCGCCUGGCCUCCCGGCGACCUCAAGGAUGGGCACGGAAUGCCCUUCGCCCUGCUUCCCAACGACAACCGGCAUCGAAUCCCCUUCGUCAGAAUUUUUCGAUAUCCCAGCGAUGAGCGAUACUGACUGCCUCUCACCCGACCUGCCCACAACCCCAGCGAUGAGCGACACGGAACGCCAUGGGCCUGACAGCUCAACGGAGCAGUGGUCAAUCCAGGGUUCCUCAGUCGCAUUGGUGCCAGCGAGCAUGUCGACGACUGAACCCAACGGCGAGGCCGCGAAAUAUGGUGGUGCCCUGCCUGCCAACCUAAGGCCAAGAUCUCCCGCGCGGCCGGCAGGAUGGAACUCUACAAUUGCUGCCAUGUUGAGCACAUUGCCGCCGCUGUCCCCAAGUCCAGAGCCCACACCCACGCCGCCUCCUGCAGUCCCGGAUACAGCUCCCGUCUCUACGACAACCAGGACCCCUAACCGAAUCUUUGCCACACCCACUGUCACAGCCUCCUCCGUCUCUGCCGCAACCACCACCCCGACCCCAAUAUCUCCCCCUACCGCAACCGCAGCCUCAGCCCCUGCCUCUACCACGGUGCCGUCAUCUCUACUGAUGAAGCCGACCAGGCCGAACAAACACAAAGUUACCUUUGCUGUACCUUCCAGCCCAGACCCUGCAGAGAACGACACUCGCCCCCGGCCAGCUGGUUGGAACCCCGCAGUCGCCGCCAAGUUGAGUAAGCUCCCGCGGCUGUCAUCCACGUAAGGCCGUGCGAUGAUAUGCCGCGCUCUGUUCAGCCCACUCGUCUUAUCCUCGUCGUCCCGGUGUCUAAAGCGAUCCGCUAGUCGUGUAGGGAGAAGCGCUGCAUCUCGGCUGUGCGCUACAUGUAGCUGUAGUAGACUCCCCCGCGGCGAUAACC